ACACAGCAAACGGAACCAGAACUUUUCCUCCUCCAUCACCUGUGGUGGAACGCCUGUGCGCGCGCCCAGGCUCUCAUGCGCGUGCUCACGGGUGGGUGGUGGUAUAAAGCCCUAAAGCGGAGCGGGUUCCGGACUUUGGGUGAUUUUUGGGUCCUGAUCGGAACACCAUGAUGUUCCCCUGCAGCGCUCUGCCUCCGCCCCUCUACCCGAACCUCCUGCGUGCUGCCCCGGUUCUGUCCUGCCCUCUGAACCGGACCGGCUUCCUGGUGGAGGAUCUGCUCCGGUUCAAUCAGCCGGUCGGGUUCAACCACCGGACCUUCACUCAGGGGAGUCCCGGAGACCUGCUCCCGGUUGGUUCGGGACUCAGUUGUCCCCUUCGGGCGUCAGGGCCUGCCACGGAGCGGGCGGGCCUUCAUCCGAACCGGACCGGCACCGGGUCUCCACACACGACCUCCCAAGACUCCGGGUUCCUAAAGUUCGGAGUCAGUGCCAUCCUGGCACCGUCCGAUCGGACCGGGACGAAGACGCUGCCGCUGCCCUUCUUUGAUGCCAACCUUCACCCUCUCGUCAGAUCUUCGUAUUUCACUGCCUCCUCAUCUUCACCUGUGGUUCCUGUCCCGGGAACCUUCUCGUGGCCCCUGCCCCCCCGAGGGAAGCCCAGGAGAGGCAUGCUGAGACGGGCCGUGUUCUCGGACUUCCAGAGGAAGGCCCUGGAGAGAACCUUCCAGAAGCAGAAGUACAUCAGCAAACCAGACAGGAAGAAACUGGCCAGCAAGCUGGGCCUGAAGGACUCACAGGUGAAGAUCUGGUUUCAGAACCGAAGGAUGAAGUGGAGGAACUCAAAGGAGCGGGAGCUGCUGUCGACGGGUGGCUGCCGCCAGCAGACCCUCCCCACCAAGACCAACCCCCACCCAGACCUGACUGACGUGGGCAGCACCUUCCACCAGCAGCUGAACCGCGUCGAAGCAGACAGCCAGGACUCACAUCUCCACCACCAGCAGAACCCCUCUUCUCCAUCAGAGUCCAGCAAACAGUCUGAGGCGUCGGACUCAGACAGCGAGGACAUCUGUGUCUCCUGAGGAGGACCCGAGUGGGAGGACUGAAUCUGCUCUGUAAAUACUAGGAGCUUCGCUUCUGUACAGGAAUGCUCUACAGUUAAUAUUUGUAGACUUAAAUGUAUGAAAUAUAUUCAGCGUUUUUCAUAUUUUCUUAAAUAAAUUCAGAAACUUUC